GCGCGCGCGGGUUUUGAUUCUCAGCCCGAGUGGACGUCACAAACAUUGAACGUUUCUUUGAGCUGAAAUAGUCGCAGAGGCUCUUCAGCAGGCGGACUAGGCAAAGAAAGAGUAUGUGAGAAGGGAGCGCGGAUACGUCAACAGGUGCCGCUGAAGUGACGGGCUCCAGUUCGCGCGUGUUUUGGGGGGGAACUCCGUGUCUCCACGUCCGCGGAGGAAUGUUGCCUAGAGAGCAAUGUGACCAGGAAUAACCCCUCCAGAGUGCAGAGAAACGUCCGAUGAAUGGACCUCAGCAUGUUCUCCAGUCUGGCCGGCGUCAAUUCCAGCUGGAACGCGAGCGAUGACCGCGAGCUGAUCGACGCUCCGGCCGGCCGCGGGAAGCUCUCGCCCACCGGCUUCAUCGUGCUGUCCGUGGUGCUGGGCUUCAUCAUGACCUUCGGCUUCCUCAACAACUUUGUCGUGCUGUUACUCUUCUGCAAAUUCAAGAAGUUGCGGACUCCGGUGAACAUGCUGCUUCUCAACAUCAGCGUCAGCGACAUGCUGGUGUGUUUGUUCGGGACCACGCUGAGUUUUGCGUCCAGCAUUCGGGGCAGAUGGCUGCUGGGUCGCAGCGGCUGCAGCUGGUACGGAUUCAUCAACUCCUGCUUCGGUAUCGUCUCGCUCAUUUCUCUGGUGGUCCUCUCCUACGAUCGCUACACAACCUUGACCGUUUACAACAAGCGUGGACCCAACUACCGCAAGCCUCUGCUGGCUGUCGGAGGGUCGUGGCUGUACUCUCUGUUCUGGACGGUGCCGCCUCUGCUCGGCUGGAGCCGCUACGACAUCGAGGGAGCAGGGACGAGCUGCUCGGUCUCCUGGACGGUCCCCACGGCUCAGUCCCAUGCCUACAUUAUCUGCCUCUUCACCUUCUGUCUGGGCAUCCCCAUCCUGGUGAUGAUCUACUGCUACAGCAGGCUUCUCUGGGCGGUCAAGCAGGUGGGGAAGAUCCGCAAGACGGCGGCCCGGCGCCGGGAGUACCACAUACUGUUCAUGGUUCUGACCACGGCUGCUUGCUACCUGCUCUGCUGGAUGCCGUACGGUGUGGUGGCCAUGAUGGCCACCUUCGGGCCGCCCGACAUCAUCAGCCCUGUGGCCAGCGUGAUUCCCUCCCUGCUGGCCAAGAGCAGCACCGUCAUCAACCCGCUCAUCUAUAUUCUCAUGAACAAGCAGUUCUACAGAUGUUUCCUGAUCCUGUUCCACUGUGACCGCUGGUCAGCACAGAAUGGCGACACGUCCAUGCCCAAGACCACGGUCAUCCAGCUGCACCGCAGAGUCUCCAGCAACACGGUGGCCUGCACCGCCCAGAUCUCCGCCGAAGCACUGAGGCAGUGCUGCAGCACGCCGGCAACCAAGCUCACCAACCCUCCGGAGGCCUUCACCUGAGCUCUCUCCACAGGAAGUCAUGAGCCUCAAGGCAUCACAGACAAUAUGUUUUCUGGACUCAAGUGCGUUUUACAUGUGAAAUGGUGUUUGUACAAAUAUGAUUCAUUUUCUGUUCACAUGGUGAAACUUUCACACCACUUUUGUAUUCAUUUCUUACCGUCAGAGUCAAGUCAGAGAAACGAUUCAUGGCUCAAAAGUCACACUCAACCAAGUCAUAGACGCCUGAUGAUUCUCCCUCGCCAAAAGAAAAAGUUGCUCGUCAAAAUGGCCGACCUUCCUUCUUCUGUCCAGAUGUUUCAUGUUACAUUGAUGGAUGUCCACAAUAAAUGUGACCAAAUUUUAAACACCACUGUAAUGAUUUUCAUGACGUUCCUGCCCGACAUGUCACACCCCCGACCUUCUGCAUGACACGGCCGAGGUGCCACACUCUAAACACACACUGUAAUUACAAAAUUGCAUAAUGAUUUCACUCCGCCGCUCGCUCACUCUCGCCCCUUUUAAGACCCUCAGACCCACAAGUCCUUGCGCAGGGGACAUGACAUGACUGCACGUCAGGCUGAAGCCGUGGCAGCCCGGGGGUUGAUGAAGUGCUCAAGCGGUUGGAAGCUCUGAUGUGUCGAGAUUUGCCUGAGAAUAAUAGUAAGUUACAACAAGGCGGCUGUUUUUGUUCUCAAAUACAAACGCAAAAAAAAGAAAAGAAAAGAAAAAAACGCAACCAUCAAACACUGAAACACACCAGUGCAACGGUUCAAGCCUGAGAAGAAUGUAAACAAGUCAAACACAUGGACCAACAAACAUGUAAAGCAAAAAAUAAACAUCUAAACCAACUACUAAGGAAAACAAAGACAAAUAAGCCACAACAGUGGGAGGGUCAUUUUCUUCCAAGCCCUACACACAAAGAAAGGACUCCAUCAUCUUUGCUUCUGACAGAAAGACUCUGAAUGACAGCAAACACUUGACAACGGUGAUCAGGAAAAAAGCCUUUCAUUUCAGGCAGAGACGCCUUGAGAGAACCCGGCGUAACAGCAUCAUGAUGCUAUUGCCACAGUAGACAAAGGUGCCAGCAUUUCUCAUUCAGAGCAUGUUUUAUCUCGGUAAUUUAACUAAUAUCAAUGUCAGCAACUACAAAUGACUAAAAUCAGAUGAGAUUCAAACAAUGCCUUAUUUAACCUAAAGCUCUUUUAAUGUCUUAAAAAUAUUUGUGUUAAAAUGAAACUUGCCCCCCAUAAGUCCAAGUAACAAAUUCUCAGCAGAUUCCUCCAUGUUUGUUGUUGUUAUCAUCCUAGCAGCCACGUGUCUUGUGCAUCAGUGUGAUGAGUGGACCAGGAACCGGACUGCACUUACAAAGGUUCCCUGUUGUCUGGAGAGCAAACUGUUUAUUACUGUUUAAAUUAAAUUGAAUUAAAUUGUUUAACAAGUUUUUUGUUGUAAUUAAGUCGUAAUAGAAACAAUAUGGAGAAACCUGGAACGACCCGGAUGCAACCGAGUCAGAGAUGAGCGCGCAGACAAGAUCUGUCCGACACCCUGCUAUUUUAAAGCUGAACUGUUACCUGGAAUAACAAAACCUUUGGAAGGCGUCAAACGUUAGCUAGAUUGCGUAUUGAUGUGCAGCGUCCCUGUUGAGGCUUAAACCCGCCACAGCGCACCUGCAUGGAUUCACUGCAUCCAUUCCCUCUGCACUGAAGAUAAAUAUUUCAUCUUGGAUACCGUGUGUGUGCACAUAUAUAUACCUGCCCGAGCGAAAGCAGAGAUAAGAACACGCAGGGAACCACGACAUGAUGGACGUAUGCUACAUGCAAACAAGGCUAAAGCGCAUGGUUACGUGCGUCCUCACCUAUGAAGCCUGAUGAUGGCGGGUUGGGCUGGAUGUUUUCCUGAGUGUUUCCCUGGAUCACAUCCCACAGCUGCCACAGGGAUCUGGGGUGGAGGAUGUAGAAGAGCUGGUCCCGAUGAAGCCGCCGGCGCUUGGUGUACGGACCAAAUAGGUUGUAGUCUGGAUUGGCAAACCACUGGAGGAGGAGAGCGGGAAAGAAACACACAUAGUAUUGCUGGAGAAGGAAGAAUUGCAGUGACAGAUACUACAGCUGCUACUAGUUAAUACUGCUUCUACAACUGAUUACUGGUAACUGUGGCUACUCAAACUUUCUCAUGGUGGGCUGUUGCAACUCCCCAUUGAUAUUUAGGGUGUGAUAC